UCAGGGUGUUACGGAGUACUAGCAUCGAACUAGUGCCAUCACUUAUUUGCCAGAAAGAAAAAGAGACAGUAAGGAUCAGUCAUAUCACUUGAUUGCAUCAAAAUUCAUGUACUGCUUCUCUAGCAAAGGUCGUGUACCACAAUGAUUUUAUACUUCAUUUCCUUUGAUUCUAGCUAGCAGUUCAAGCUUGGAAUGUUGAUUUUACUGUUGCUGCUGUCCCUGAGGUCACAUUAAUUUGCGGUUCAAUGGCGAAAUGCAGGGCGGCAUGCUCCUGGGGCCGUCGGCGCUUGGGCGGAGCAAAAUGUUCCUGGACAAUGUGUUCCCCAGGGAGAGCCUGACGGUGCUGGACACGCUCGCCAACAUCGGGCUGCUCUUCUUCCUGUUCCUGGUGGGCCUGGAGCUGGACCCGGCCUCGCUGAAGCGCACGGGCCGCAGCGCCCUGGCCAUCGCCGUGGCCGGCAUCUCGCUUCCCUUCUCCCUCGGCGUGGGCUCCUCUCUCGUGCUCCGCGACGCCGUGGCCCCGGACGCCCCGCGCGGCCCCUUCAUCGUCUUCAUGGGCGUCGCGCUCUCCAUCACCGCGUUCCCCGUCCUCGCCCGCAUCCUCGCCGAGCUCAAGCUCCUCACCACCGAGCUCGGCCGCAUGGCCAUGUCGGCGGCCGCCGUGAACGACGUCACGGCAUGGAUCCUGCUGGCGCUCGCCAUCGCGCUCUCGGGCUCCGGCUCGCCGCUCGCGUCCGUCUACGUGCUCCUCUCCGGCGCCGCCUUCGUCGCCGCCGCCGUCCUGCUCGUCCGGCCGUUGCUCGUGCACAUGGCGCGCCGCUCCCCGGACGGCGAGCCGGUGAAGGAGUCCUUCGUGUGCGCGGCCAUGACCAUCGUCCUCGCGGCCGGGCUCACCACGGACACCAUCGGCAUCCACGCGCUGUUCGGCGCGUUCGUCAUCGGCGUGCUCGUCCCCAAGGAAGGCGCCUUCGCGGGCGCGCUGACGGAGAAGAUUGAGGACCUGGUGUCUUCUCUACUGCUGCCGCUCUACUUCGUGUCGAGCGGGCUCAAGACGAACGUGGGCACAAUCUCGGGGGCGAAAUCCUGGGGGCUCCUGCUGCUGGUGAUCACGACGGCCUGCGUGGGCAAGAUCGGCGGCACGGUGCUGACGUCGCUGCUGAUGCGGGUGCCGGUGCGGGAGGCGGUGGCGCUGGGUCUGAUGAUGAACACCAAGGGGCUCGUGGAGCUCAUCGUGCUCAAUAUCGGCCGCGACCGCAAGGUGCUCAACGAGGAGGCCUUCGCCAUCCUCGUGCUCAUGGCGCUCGUCACAACAUUCCUCACCACGCCCGCCGUCACCGCCGUGUACAAGCCGGCGCGCAGGCAGGCGUGCUACACGCACCGCACCGUGGAGCGGGACGACGCCGAUGCCGACAGCGAGUUGCGCGUGCUGGCGUGCUUCCAUGCCAGCCGCGGCAUCCCCACGCUGAUCAACCUGGUGGAGGCGUCCAGGGGAACCAGGCGGAGCAAGCUCACCAUGUACGCCAUGCACCUGGUGGAGCUCUCGGAGCGGUCGUCCGCCAUCUCCAUGGUGCAGCGCGCGCGCCGGAACGGGCUGCCGUUCUCGAGCCGGGGGAAGCAGGGCGGCGGCGGCGGCGGCGAAGUGGUGCAGGUGGCGUUCGAGGCGUUCCAGCGGCUGAGCGCCGUGAAGGUGAAGCCGAUGACGGCCAUCUCGGACCUGGCGACGAUCCACGAGGACAUCGUGGCGUCGGCGGUCCACAAGCGGGCCGCGCUCAUCGUGCUCCCGUUCCACAAGAUGCUGUCCCACGACGGCACGGCGCUGGAGCCCCUGGACCGGGCGUACCACCACGUGAACGUGCGGGUGCUCCGCAAGGCGCCGUGCUCCGUGGCGGUGCUCGUGGACCGGGCGCUGGGCGGCAUGGCGCAGGUCUCGGCCCCGGAAGUCUCCUACUCCGUGCUGCUGCUCUUCUUCGGCGGGCCAGACGACCGCGAGGCGCUCGCGUACGCGUCGCGCAUGGCAGAGCACCCGGGCAUCGCGCUCACCGUGGCGCGCUUCACGGGUUCUACGGCGCCGGGGGAUCAUGACAAGCCCGCGGCCGCUGCCGCGGCAGAGGUCGUGCCCAUGGACGAGGAGGCGAUUCGGAAGUACGUCGUGGUGUCCGGCUCCGUGAGGUACGAGGAGGUGGCGGCGGAGGGGAGGCAGGAGGUGGCGGCGGCGAUCAAGGCGAUGGGGAGAGGGAAGAACCUGGUGGUGACGGGGCGGUCGGCAAGGGCGGCGCCGGUGCUGGUGGAGAAGAGCGACUGCCCCGAGCUGGGGCCCGUCGGGAGUUACCUGGCCACGGCGGAGUUCUCGGCCACGGCGUCCGUGCUCGUGGUGCAGCGGUAUGACCGGAGGAGCGACCCGACGUGUGACUCGCCGGGGGAGGAAGUGCUGGAGGACGCCGUGGUGGGCGCGCCGAUGCCGUCCCCGGCGUACACGCCCACUAGGGCGCCCGCGGUGGCUGCGCCCAUGCCGUCCCCGGCGUCCCCGGCGUGCUGAUGAAAUUAGUGAGCAGCUAACCUC